AUGUCAUCGCAAUCUAGCGCAUCGCCAGACCCGUCGACUCAUGUUUCAGCCCAAACCCCAAAAAGACUCUUGCAGAUCGUCACCAACCCUUGUCUCGCCUCGCCUCGUCUCGUCUCAGUCCAGUUCAGUUCUUCAUCAGGGCCCGAACGAACGAUAAACCGUGCAUGA